GCCCAACAAUUGAUGUCUCUCCGCGGCACUUUUCUUCAUUUCCUUGGAGAUUUCAUCUGCUUUCUAGAUCUGCCUGGGGAGAAUGGGGGCCUCUUUUCCAAGAAGCCCAGAGCCUGUGGAGCCCCCAGCGCCCGCUCUCGCUGUCCCCUGCGGAGGAGCCCUGCUGGCUGUCCUGAUGCUGCUGGCGCUGCCGGCCGCCUGGGGUCAAUGCAAGGCCCCAGAGUGGUUUCCAUUUGCCAAGCCUGAAAGUCCAACUGAUGAAUCUGUAUUUCCCAUCGGGACUCCUUUGAAGUAUGAAUGUCGCCCUGGUUAUAUCAAGAGACGGUUUAAUAUCAUUUGCCAAGAAAACUCAGUCUGGACAAAUGCCGAAGACAAGUGUAAACGUAAAACAUGUAAAAAUCCUUCAGAUCCUUUGAAUGGCAUGGUGCAUGUAGAGUCAGACACACAAUUUGGAUCCAGAAUUACUUAUACUUGUAAUACAGGGUACCGACUCAUUGGCACCUCCAGUGCUCAAUGCGUGAUCUCAGACACUACUGUCAUUUGGGAUGAAGAAGCACCUAUUUGUGAAAGAAUUCCUUGUGAGCCACCUCCGGCCAUUGCCAAUGGAGAUUUCGUUAGCUCUAACAGAGAAUAUUUCCUGUACGGAAUGGUGGUGACCUAUCACUGCAAUAAUGCAGACAGAGGGAGAAAGCUGUUUCACCUCGUGGGAGAGCCCUCCAUAUACUGCACCAGCCAUGACAAUCAAGUUGGUGUCUGGAGCGGCCCUCCCCCACAGUGCAUCGUACCUAAUAAAUGCACCUCUCCACACGUUGAAAAUGCAAUAAUGCUAACUGAAAACAGAAGCUUAUUUUCCUUAAAUGAAAUAGUGGAGUUUGGAUGUCAGCCUGGCUUUGUCAUGAAAGGACCCACCCGUGUGCGGUGCCAGAAUCUAAACAAAUGGGAGCCGGAGUUACCAAGCUGCUCCAGGGUGUGUCAGCCACCUCCAAAAAUCCUGCACGGCGUGCAUACUCCAAGCAAUAAGGAUCAGUUUUCCCCUGGGCAGGAAGUGUCGUACAGCUGUGAGCCUGGGUAUGACCUCCUAGGAGCUGCUCUUCUGCGCUGCACACCUCAGGGAGACUGGAGUCCGGCUGCACCCAUGUGUGCAGUGAAAUCCUGUGAUGACUUCCUGGACCAACUCCCCAGUGGCCGUGUGCUAAUUCCACUGAAUCUCCAGCUGGGAGCAAAAGUGACCUUUGUUUGUGAUGAAGGGUUUCAAUUAAAGGGCAGUUCUGCUAGUCAUUGUGUUUUGGUUGGAAUGAAAAGCCUUUGGAAUAGCAGUGCCCCUGUGUGUGAACAAAUCUUUUGUCCAAGUCCUCCAACUAUCCUUAAUGGGAGACACUCAGGAGCUUCUCUGGAAGUCUUUCCUUUUGGAACAUCAGUGAUUUACACAUGUGAUCCCCAACCAGACAGGGGGAUCACCUUCAGCCUCUUUGGGGAGAGCACCAUCCUCUGCACGAGCAACCACCAAGGGCAUGGGGUUUGGAGUGGCCCUGCUCCUCGCUGUGUACUUCUGGGUUACUGUAAAACUCCUGGUCCUUUUCAGUUUGCUAAGUUGAAAACCCAAACCGAAGAAUCUGAGUUUCCCAUUGGGGCGUCCUUAGAGUUUGAAUGCGGCCCUGGGUACUACAGGAGGUCGUUCUCUAUCACGUGUCUAGAAAACUUGGUCUGGUCCAGUCCCAAAGAUGUCUGCAAACGAAAAUCAUGUAAAACUCCUUCAGAUCCUACGAACGGCUUGGUGCAUGGAGACUCCGACACCCAGAUUGGAUCCAGAAUUAAUUAUACGUGUAAUAAAGGGUACCGACUCAUUGGUCACUCGUCUGCUGAAUGUAUCAUCUCAGGCAAUAUUGUCAAUUGGAACACAGAGCCACCAAUUUGUGAACGGAUUCCUUGUGAGCCACCUCCGGCCAUUGCCAAUGGAGAUUUCAUUAACACCAAUGGAGAAGAUUUCCUCUACGGAAUGGUGGUGACCUAUCGCUGUAAUGGUGCAGACAGAGGGAGAAAGCUGUUUCACCUCGUGGGAGAGCCCUCCAUAUACUGCACCAGCCAUGACAAUCAAGUUGGCGUCUGGAGCGGCCCUCCCCCAGUGUGCAUCGUACCUAAUAAAUGCACCCCUCCACACGUUGAAAAUGCAAUAAUGCUAACUGAAAACAGAAGCUUAUUUUCCUUAAAUGAAAUAGUGGAGUUUGGAUGUCAGCCUGGCUUUGUCAUGAAAGGACCCACCCAGGUGCAGUGCUGGCCCCAAAACAAAUGGGAGCCAGAGUUACCAAGCUGCUCCAGGGGGUGUCAGCCACCCCCAGAAAUCCUGCAUGGUGUGCAUACCCCAAGCCACGAGGAUAACUUUUCCCCUGGGCAGGAAGUGUUCUACAGCUGUGAGCCAGGGUAUGACCUCAGAGGGGCUGCUUCUCUGCGCUGCACACCCCAAGGAGUCUGGAGUCCAGCUGCCCCCAUGUGUACAGUGAAAUUAUGUGAUACAUUCCCAGGCCACAUCCCUAAUGGUCAUGUGCUAUUGCCACUUACUUUACAGCCUGGGGCAAAAGUGACCUUCAUUUGUGAUGAAGGGUUUCGAUUAAAAGGCAACUCUGCUAGUCAUUGUGUCAUGGCUGAAAUGAAAAGCAUUUGGAAUAGCAGUGCUCCUGUGUGUGAACAAAUAUUUUGUCCAAGUCCUCCAGCCAUCCUUAAUGGGAGGCACACGGGAACUGCUUUGCAAGAUAUUCCAUAUGGAAAAGAAAUAUCUUACUCAUGUGACCCCCACCCAGACAGAAGGAUGACCUUCGACCUCAUUGGGGAGAGCAUCAUCCGCUGCACAAGUGACAAUCAAGGCAAUGGGAUUUGGAGCAGCCCUGCCCCUCGCUGUGAACCUUCUAUUACUUCUGCAUGCCCACAUCCACCUAAGAUCCAGAAUGGUCAUCACAUUGGAGGACAUGCUUCUUCAUAUCUUCCUGGGAUGAUGAUCAACUAUACGUGUAACCCCGGCUACUUGUUGGUGGGAACUACCUUCAUUUUCUGUACACACAAGGGAACCUGGAGCCAGUCUAAUCAUUAUUGCAAAGAGGUAAAAUGCAGCCUUCCACAGUUGAAUGGACUUAAGCAGGAGUUGAAAAGGAGAGAAUAUCACUAUGGAGAUAACAUAACUUUGGAAUGUGAGGAUGGAUAUAUUCUGGAAGGCAGUCCUUGGAGCCAGUGCCAGGCAGAGGAAAGAUGGAACCCUUCUCUGGCCAUAUGCACAUCACGCUCACAUGAUGCUCUCAUAGUUGGCAUUUGCUUUGGUAUGAUCUUCUUUAUUUUAUCCAUCAUUGUUCCCAGUUGGAUAAUUUUUAAGUGCAAGAAAGGCAGUAAUCCAGAUGAAAAGUGUGAAGAAGUGAAUAUCAGUUUACAUCCUCAAGAAGGCAGCUGUGUUCAUCCUCAGACUCCGCUAACAAGUCAGGAAAACAGCAGUGUCCCUCCUUGACAAGGUAUUAUAAAGCUGGAGAAAUCUCCAAUUACCUGUUGGCAGGAAAGGAGCCAAUCGACUUCAAGAGAAUAAGAUCAGAGGUUCAUGAACUCUGAAGUGACUUCACAGAGAAGCAAAUGUGUGUACCUGAAGACGCCUAAGCUGUCCCAGGGUCCAGCAAAACUCCACCUCUUAGUCUGCAUUCCUCUCACCCCUCACCCUCUUUCCUGUGCUGAAAGCACACAGCAUCUAGUCAGGGGACAAGACUGUAGAUAUGAAAAACUGUUUCAAUCAUUUAAAGGAAGAAGCUGCUUUCUAGGAGUUCUGGCUUAAAAGUCUGUCAUUUUCCUUUCUUAUUUUAAAAUGUUCAUGAUAUGGAAUGAGCUCAUUAUAGAGAAUUUGGAAAAUACAGAAAGAUAUGAAAAUUAAUGAGACAUGUUAAUAUUAAUGUCACACAUCACAUUAUCUGCCAACCAUUUUCUAUAUAUGUUUCUUUAUACAAACACAUAUAUUUUGAUUUAUUAAAUAGAGCCCUACAUAGCGACCACUACAGAGGGAAUAAACAUAUUCCCUCUGUAUUUUAUAGAGCAGAACCUACUUCUUUAAAUAAAUUGGAGUAAAAUACAUGAUAUAUCAAUUUUCAUCUCCUCUAGGGAAGAAAAGCAAUUUUUUCUUCACUGGAAAGGUGCUAAAUGAUUAUGGUGGAGAACCGUCAAGACUGCUCAAAAGAAUUAUCUAGAUAAAAAAAAAUGGAACUCCAGAUAUUUUCUAAGUUCUGUCUCAAAAACCCACUUUGUAACAUGUUCUGAAUAAAAGAAAAAUUUUAAA